AUGGCUUCUAACUGCACUUUCUGUGACUCCUUUUUAAGGCUCUUCAUUCUUGGCUGGUCUUUGAUUAUGGUUUCUGAAGCUGCAGGAACAUUGGAUUUUCCAGGGACUGUUUCUUGCCUUGAUGAUGGUCUUCAAGUAAGAAAACCAAAGGGUCUUCGCUCGGCCUCCUGGAAUACCCUGCAAGUUGUAGAUUCAAAUGGAAUUCCAGUGAAAGGUUGUAGUGAUCUAGUAGAGGGGAAAACUGCUAAUAUUCCUGCUCGCUGCAUUAAAAAUGAGAUGGGAACGCGCCUUGUGCUCAUGAAACUUGAUGGCCGUGCAGGACUGGAGAGUUCGAUAUACAGGGCAGUCUGCAAUGACAUGCAGGCAGAUGACGCAGACGAUGCUGCGAGAGGGACGGUGGUAAAUUGCGCACAGAACUUCAUGAUGAUUAUGAUUGCUGCUGUCCGGCCACCUUUCUGGAACGUACAGAUACAUGACGGACAGAGCUUUCAGACGGUCUCUGUGAGCCGGGCCAGAGCAAUGGGCUAUAUACUGACUUCUGAUCCAGAGUUCAUGACGAUCCAAGCUUCUUUUGAUGCUGUUGGUGUUAAAAACUACACGCUUGAAAACCAGAACUUGUAUGUUGGUGCAGUUCGGCUGACUUCACAGGCUGGUGCUCCCAGAAUUACUGUUGAUAUACCAAUGAUCUGUUCCGCAGGUUAUCGUAUUUGCAAUGGGACGCACAUGUCCAUCUACAUUCCGUCAUUUGGUGGGGACCUGCAGAGUAUUACUGUAAAUGAAAAAACAACAAGCGGUUUCUACCUGCCAUCUCUUAUCUUAACCUUUAUGAUGAACGAUAUAACUGUACCAAUGCUGCUAUCUCCAAGCUGUGGUCCGGGUGACCCUACGAAUGCAGUUUGUUCAUCCUCAGGAUUCAUGAUGUUUGAGAUACUUGACACGCUCACCCUGCCAAAGCUGGACUUGAACACUGUUAUUUUUGGAGAUGGAACCUGUCUGCCCACCAAUCGAUUGACAAACAAGCUCUCGUACAAUGUAUCACUACUGAGCUGUGGCACUAGAACUAGGUUUGUAAAUGGCAGGUUAACUUAUGAAAAUGAAGCUAGAGCACUGAGGAAGGAUUUUGGACGAGGAAGAAUAUCUCGAGAUAGCGAGCUAAGAAUAACUGUCCGGUGCUACUACAGCGACAGCGGCUACUCCCCACUGAACUUGACCGUUGUAACUGUUCCACCUCCUGUAUCUUCGAGAAGCGAUGGUCCUCUCUCCCUUAAACUGGAUCUAUUCCCGGAUGAUGCGUACAGAAGUGCCUAUACAGACAGCCAGUACCCAGUUGUGAAGACCUUGCAAGAACCCAUCUUUCUUGAAGUACGGGUCUUGAAUCGUGAUGACCCAAACAUUGAACUAGUGCUGGAUGACUGCUGGGCAACAAUGUCCCGCGAUCCUACAGCUGUGCCUCAAUGGAAUAUUGUUGUAGAUGGUUGUCAAGAAACGAGAGAUGACAGGAUGACAAUAUUUCAUGCUGUGGGUCUUGAUGUGCCAUACCCUACUCACCAUAAACGCUUUGAAGUAAAGGCCUUUGCUUUUAUGUCUGGUGGUGAAGCCUCCACAAACCUGAUUUAUAUUCACUGCAGUGCAACAAUAUGCAAUAAGAUGACACCAGACUUUCCACUCUGUACAAAGACCUGUCUGGCAUCCAGGCCAAGGAGAGACUCGGAUGGCCUGCAGAUGCACAAAGGCUCUCUGGUUAGCUUGCCUGGCCCAGUCUUGAUGAUGGCAGCAGAAUCCUCUGUGCGGUCUCAAGAUGAAACGAGUGUUCUUGGACAAGUGACCAUUGGUCUCCUGCCUGCCUUUGCUCUGAUUGCUGUGACUCUGUCUGGUGUUGGUUUAGUCUCUGUUUUUAAGGCAAAAAAUGCCGCUAAAUGAACAUUUUUGUAAUAAAGAACUGGUCUGAGAAA